AUGCGCCCGGAUCAACCCCGCAGUCCCGUCGCCGGCCCCGAUACUGGCCCUGACGCCCCAUUCCCAAUUCGAUUGUCCGGACCGGUAAUCAAAGGCUUUGGCCGAGGCAGCAAAGAUCUAGGAAUCCCUACAGCCAACAUACCCGCCGACGACUUGUCUGAGAAAUAUCCAGACCUGACAACAGGCGUCUACUAUGGAGUGGUAGCACUCGACCCGAAGGAAUUCGCACACGAGCAUGGAUUGACGGGGGAUGUGGAGAAGUCCACCGAGGUGAUCCUCCAACCGGCGGUUCUGAGCAUCGGGUAUAACCCAUACUAUAAGAACACCGUUCGAUCGGUGGAAAUCCAUAUCAUGCCUUCUCUCACGGAGCCCUCACCAACAGCCGUUCCCCAGCCCAAAUUCAACCGCCUCCCCGAUUUCUACGAUACACGCCUCAAUCUUCUCAUUUUGGGAUAUAUUCGCCCGGAAUUCGAUUACGUCUCGAAGGAUGCUUUGAUCGAGGAUAUUCGCAUAGAUUGCGAAGUUGCGCGACAGAGUCUUUUGCGCGAGGCGUACAAGCGAUACCUCGAGGAUGACGGGAAGGCCCCGGAAAAGGUGGCCGAAGAUCGGAAGUGGCUGUGCAGCUUCCACCUGAAAGGCAGCAUUUAA